GGCAAUGGCAUCAUGAGGUACCGGAGAAGAAAGAAAAAAUAAGUCUAGUCAACCGCCCACCACAGGAGACUGGGGGGGAUGUUCCACCAUCCUGGAUUUACAACCAUUUCAAGGAUAUUUGAGCACAAAGAAGACAUUUUUUUUUGGGGUUGGGAUUUCUAUCGCAAAUACUGGAAUAGGGCAUCAUCCGGAAACCUUGACGGCCAUAACUGAAGUUUAAGCCCACAUGAUUCAACGCCAGGUUUACCUGAGUGGCUGAAGACUCGAGCAACAAACAAUGGAUCCAAACUUAUUUGGAGGAGCCCCCAGGUUUCUCACUCGCCCAAAGGCGUUCUCGGUGUGUGCAGGCAAAGAUGCCACACUCAGCUGCACUAUCGUGGGCAGCCCAACCCCACUGAUCACCUGGGAGAAGGACAAGCUUAAGCUGAUGUCUGGGGGCCGCUUCAAGACCGUGGAGGAUGGGGAUGUGUACCGCUUGACCAUCUACGACUUAACGCUGGAUGAUAGUGGGCAGUACAUGUGCCGGGCCAAAAACAGUGUUGGGGAAGCUUAUGCUGCUGUAACCGUUAAAGUGGCCCUGCCAACAGAGAUGGCACAGAGGGCCCCUGUUUUCAUGGUGAAGCCUACCUCUGCACGUGUGGGUUUGGGAGGCGAUGUUGUUUUCCACUGCCGGGUCGCAGCUUACCCUGAGGCUAACUUCGACUGGGAAAAAGAUGGCCGCUACCUGGGGGAGACGAACCGCAUCAGGAUUGUUUCUGACAGCGACAGCAGCACCUUAAAGAUCCAGAGUGUACGUAACCUGGACAGCGGCACCUACACCUGCAGGGCUCAGAACACUGUUGGCCGUGCACACGCUGCUGCAGCUCUUGUCGUAGACACUCAGGAUUCCCUCCACCUGGUUGCGGAUAAGAACACAUCCCUCCUCUCUCACCUACAAAAGCGAAAAGCGGAAAUGAAGAAGGACAUCUCCGUCUAUCGCACUGAAGAAAGCAGCUCCUCAGUUUCUUCUUCCUCCACAGCCGCCAUCUCAGAUGGUUUGAGUUCUCUGAGUCUGGAACAUGAGCUGAGGGCGUCUGCUCUUGCAAAGCUACCCAAAGGUGUGUUCACCCGUACCUGCACAGUGACUGAGGGCAAACACGCCAAACUCAGUUGCUUUGUGACGGGUCACCCUAAGCCCCACAUCAUCUGGAGGAAGGAUGGAACGAACAUCAGUGAGGGCCGUAGGCAUGUCAUUUAUGAGGACCAAGCUGAGAACUUCAUCCUCAAGAUCCUGUACUGCAAGCAGAGUGAUAAUGGUCUCUACACCUGCAAUGCAACCAAUAUGGCCGGGCAGACCUACAGUGCUGUGUUGGUAACAGUCAAAGAGCCUAAGGUGCCGUUCAGGAGGAAGCUGCAGGAUGUGGAGGUACAGGAGAAAGCGUCAGCCACACUGAUGUGUGAGGUGCCUCUCAGUGCCACGCAGGCCAACUGGUUCAUGGAGGAAACAAGGCUGCAGCAAAGUUGCAAAUAUUGCAUGGAGGAGCAGGGCACCCUGCGUCGUCUCACCAUACACAACGUCACCACCAACGAUGACGGUGUUUAUAUCUGUGAGAUGAAAGAGGGCAGUCGCACUGUGGCUGAGCUCACUGUCCUGGGCAAUAUUACCAAGAAGCUGCCCCGGAGGACAGUAGUUCCUGUCAGUGAUACCGUCAUCUUCUGUGUGGAGCUGGAGCAUCCCUGCCCAGAUGCCUACUGGACCCGCAAUGGAGAGAAGCUGAAGGAAGAUUCCCGUAUUUCCAUUGCCUGUGUGCUAAGACAAUAUACACUCACCAUUAGAGAUUGCCAGGCAGACGACUCAGGGGAAGUGGCCUUCGUGGCUGGAGACUGCAAAACUUCCACUCGAUUCUCUGUCACUGCUGCAAGGAAACAUCCUCCCGAUCCCCCAGUCAAUGCUGUGGUGCAGAACAAGACUGACUCAUCCAUCACCAUUCAGUGGUCUCCUCCUGACAGCGAUCGCCCCGUGCCCAUCAAGGGUUACAUUGUGGAGAAGAGGAAGGUUGGCGCUCAGACAUGGCAGAGGUGCAAUGCUGGAGAAACAAUUCUUUCAACAGAGAUCACCAUCUGCAACUUCACUGAAGAAGCCAGCUACCAGUUCCGUAUCUCUGCUAUGAAUGACUUCGGCCAAAGUCCCUACCUGGAGGUGCCUGGAAGCUUCUACCUUGAACCCACCGCAGAAAUCAGGAAAGGCCUGAUGAACAGCACUGCAACCUCUGGCGAGGAGUUCUCUGUCUCCCUUGAGUUAUCUGCCGUUUGUUCUGGCUUCUGGUCUCUAAAUGGCCGCCUCCUGCGCAGUGGAGCUGACUACCUCAUCACCAGGUCCAAGAACACGCACACUCUGCUCAUCCGUGUUGUGACUAUGGAAAUGGAUGGAGCUGAAGUCAAGUUUGUGGGCGGAGGCUCACAAAGCAGUUGCAUCCUGUCUGUGAAGGCUCCUUCUGUUAGGUUCACUAACAAGUCAGGUGUGAUGGAGGUAGUGACCUGCAGUGCCCAAGCCACUGCUCAGCUGACUGCUGAGGUGUCGGAUUACGAUACACAGGUGGUUUGGAUGAAGAACGGACGGGAGGUGAAAAUGGGAAAGAAGUAUGAAUAUGUGAUCACUGACCGCAAGAGGAUCCUGAUAGUGCAUAAUGUUACAGAGGAAGAUGUGGGCAUCUACGAGUGUGUUUUAGCUGAUGACAGGAUGUCCCUGCAGCUCGCUCUUAAAGAUGAACCUGCCAAGUUUCUGAACAAGGCCAGAGGCCCCAUGGGACUGUCAUCCUCCCUUAAAGGAGAUCUUGAGCUAAGCUGUGAGGUAUCUCUCGCUAGUGCAGUCGUCGUGUGGAGAAAAGACCAGGUGGAGAUCACUGAGGACCAAAGAACGACCAUCAUCUCCAAAGGGACUCAAAGGAAACUCGUCAUCAAGAAUGCCAAGAAAAGUGACGAAGGACAUUAUUCCUGUGAGACGGCAGCAGACAAAGUCACAUUCCAGGUCAAGAUAAAAGAAACUCAAGCCCUAGCUGCCUUUUCCAACAAGGAGUCAGUCCAGAAGGAGGUGAAAGCCACUCUGUCCCAGAAAGCAACUCUCAGUUGCAGUGUGUCUGAUAGCAAGACAGAGGUGAAAUGGUAUAAAGACGGCAAGCUGUUGGUAUCCAGUAGGACCAUAUACUCAGAAGCAAAAGGCAAUACUCGUCAGCUGGUGAUUGAAAAGGUGGAGAAGAGUGAUGCUGGAGAAUAUACCUGUGAAGCUGGAGGAGAUAAGCUGGUCUUCAAGAUAUCCGUGUCAGAGGCCCAGUCAGCCUUCUCCAACAAGGAGUCAGUCCAGAAGGAGGUGAAAGCCACUCUUUCCCAGAAAGCCAUUUUAAGCUGUGAGGUAGCUGAUACCAAGACAGAGGUGAAAUGGUACAAGGAUGGCAAGCUACUGACCUCCAGUAGGACAAUCCAUGCAGAAUCAAAAGGCAAGAGUCGCCAGCUGGUGAUCGAUAGUGUGGAGAAGAAGGAUGCUGGAGAGUACAUCUGUGAGGCUGGGACUGAGAAACUGGCUUUUAAAAUGCAGGUGGCAGAGCCCCAGUCAGCAUUCUUCAACAAGGAGUCAGUCCAGAAGGAGGUGAAAGCCACUCUCUCCCAGAAAGCCACUCUGAGCUGUGAGGUUUCUGAUUCCAAGACAGAGGUGAAAUGGUACAAGGAUGGCAAGCUCCUCACUUCUAGCAAGACAAUCCAUGCAGAGUUGAAGGGCAAGAGUCGCCAGCUGGUGAUCGAUAGCGUGGAGAAGAAGGAUGCUGGAGAGUACACCUGUGAGGCUGGGACUGAGAAGUUGCUCUUCACACUCAAAGUGGCAGACACGCAGGUCCAGUCUGCAUUCUUCAACAAGGAGUCAGUCCAGAAGGAUGUGAAAGCUUCUCUCUCCCAGAAGGCCACUCUGAGCUGUGAGGUAGCUGACACCAAGACAGAGGUGAAAUGGUACAAGGAUGGAAAGCUGCUGACCUCCAGUAGGACAAUCCAUGCAGAAUCAAAAGGCAAGAGUCGCCAGCUGGUGAUCGAUAGUGUGGAGAAGAAGGAUGCUGGAGAGUACAUCUGUGAGGCUGGGACUGAGAAACUGGCUUUUAAAAUGCAGGUGGCAGAGCCCCAGUCAGCAUUCUUCAACAAGGAGUCAGUCCAGAAGGAGGUGAAAGCCACUCUCUCCCAGAAAGCCACUCUGAGCUGUGAGGUUUCUGAUUCCAAGACAGAGGUGAAAUGGUACAAGGAUGGCAAGCUCCUCACUUCUAGCAAGACAAUCCAUGCAGAGUUGAAGGGCAAGAGUCGCCAGCUGGUGAUCGAUAGCGUGGAGAAGAAGGAUGCUGGAGAGUACACCUGUGAGGCUGGGACUGAGAAGUUGCUCUUCACACUCAAAGUGGCAGACACGCAGGUCCAGUCUGCAUUCUUCAACAAGGAGUCAGUCCAGAAGGAUGUGAAAGCUUCUCUCUCCCAGAAGGCCACUCUGAGCUGUGAGGUAGCUGACACCAAGACAGAGGUGAAAUGGUACAAGGAUGGAAAGCUGCUGACCUCCACCAAGACGAUCCAUGCAGAGUCAAAAGGCAAGAGUCGCCAGCUGGUGAUCGAUAGUGUGGAGAAGAAGGAUGCUGGACAGUACAUCUGUGAGGCUGGGGCUGAGAAGUUGGCCUUUAAAAUACAUGUGGAAGAGAUUCAAACCAAGUCAGCCUUCUCCAACAAGGAGUCAGUCCAGAGGGAAGUGAAAGCCACCGUCUCUCAGAAAACCAUUUUAAGCUGUGAGGUAGCUGACACCAAGACAGAGGUGAAAUGGUUCAAGGAUGGCAAACUGCUGACCUCCAGCAAGACAAUCCACGCAGAGUCAAAAGGCAAGAAUCGCCAGCUGGUGAUCGACAGCGUGGAGAAGAAGGAUGCUGGAGAGUACAUCUGUGAGGCUGGCGCUGAGAAGUUGGCUUUUAAGAUACAGGUGGCAGAAGCCCCAGCUGGUUUCUCUAACAAGGAGUCAGUUCAGAAGGAGGUGAAAGCCACUCUCACCCAGAAAGCCACUUUGAGCUGUGAGGUUUCUGAUGCCAGGACAGAGGUGAAGUGGUACAAGGAUGGCAAGCUGCUGACUUCCACCAAAGCAGUUCACAUGGAGUCAAAGGGCAAGAGUCGUGAGCUGGUGAUUGAAAAAAUGGACAAAAAAGAUGCUGGAGAAUACACAUGUGAGGCUGGAACAGAGAAGCUUGUAUUCAAACUGCAGAUAACAGAUGCAGCUGUUAAGUUCCAGAAGAAGCAUGUUAAGGACACAUGUAUUGUUCAAGCAAGUGAAAACAUUGUUUUGACCACUGAGCUGACCACAGAGAGUGGGAGUGUGAAGUGGUUUAGGGACAAUGUGGAGAUCAAGGAGAGCAGCAAGUAUGAAAUGAAAAAAGAUGGCCGUUCUCGUACCCUGAUUGUGAAAUCCACUGAAGGCAAAGACAGUGGAACAUACUCCUGUCAAACGGCUGAUGACAAACUGGAGUUCAAAGUUCAGGUUAAAGAUUCAGCUUUGAAGUUUGUUGUCCCCCUGAAAUCUGUUGAUGUGGAGUUGGGGGGUACACUUAGCCUGAUGUGUGAACUAAAUCAAGCCUCGGGGGAUGUUGUUUGGCACCAUGAUGGCCGUGAAAUUAAACCUGGAGGCAAGCACUGCGUCAGGACAGAUGGUGCAAAGCGAGUCCUCACUGUGACUGGAAUGACUAAGGAAGAUGAAGGAGAUUACAGCUGUGAAUGUCGAAAUGACAAGACCUCUGCUAAAGUCUCCUCAAAAGCACCCAGACUAGUGAGGUUGACCACCAAACUCAACAAUGUGGCUGCAAUGGAGGGAAAAGAAGCCAUUUUCAAGUGCUCUGUCACCCCAGCAGAUGCUAGUGUUAAGUGGUUCCACAAUAACAUACCCAUCACUGCUGGGCCUAAAUAUAAGAUUGAGCAUGGUGGCAACACUUACUCACUCACCAUCACCUCUGUCACUCAAAAAGAUGCUGGAGAGAUUAGCGUUGAUGCAGAAGGCAAAAGCUGCAAAGCCACCUUACAAGUGCAACAUGAGCCUGUGACAUUUAAGAAAAAGCUAGAAAACCUGACAGUGGAAGAGCAGAGUGAAGUGAAACUGGAGGUGGAGCUCAGUAAGGCAUCAAGUGAAGUCAGGUGGAUGAAGAACAGCGUAGUGCUGCAGCCUGCAGGAAACCUGGAGAUUCGGGUAGAUGGAGCCAAACAGGCUCUAGUCUUCAAGAGUGUGACUUAUGCUGAUCGUGGUAUCUACUCCUGUGAAACUCUGGAUGACAAGACCCAGGCCAAACUCAGUGUGGAGAUGAAGAAGAUCCAGGUAAUAAAGGGCCUCACAGAGACCAAGGCACACGAGACAGAGACAGUAACACUUGAGGUGGAACUCAGCCAGGCUGAUGUUGAAGGCUCCUGGACAAGAGAUGGGGCCAAGUUAAAGUCAGGGGCGAACUGCUGUGUCACAGUUCUGGGAAAGAAGCAUGCCCUUACGUUGUCCAAUCUCAAGAGGGAGGAUGCGGGAACUAUUGCCUUUCAAGCAGAGGGUAUUCAUACUUCUGGCAAACUGAUUGUCACAGAACCACCUGCUAUGAUCUCCAAGCCCAUUAUGGAUAUCAGUGCUCCUGAGAAGGAGAAGGUUACGUUUGAAUGUGAAGUCUCCAGAACAAAUGCAGACGUUAAAUGGUUCAAGGAUGAUGUGGAACUGAAACCAGGGAAAAACUUUGGCAUCCAUUCUUUGGGCCGAAAGCGCACUUUGGUCAUCAACAAAUGUACCCCCGAAGAUACAGGCACUUACGUCUGUCGCACUACUGACGACAACACCUCUGCCAAGCUCACUGUUCAUGCCAGAGAAAUCAAGAUAAUUAAGAAACUGGAGGAUGUGGAGGUGAUGGAGAAGGAGAGUGCUGCAUUCGUCUGUGAAAUCUCACAUGAUGAAGUGGACUGUCAGUGGUACAAAGGAAGUACUAAACUCAAAGCCGGUGACAACAUCAAAAUGAGACAAGAGGGCCGAACCUAUGUCCUGCUGUUUAAAUCUGUUUCGCCAGAGGAUAUGGGUGAGAUUAAAUUUACGGUUGAGAAGGCCUCUUCAACUGCAAAACUUAAAGUGAAAGAGCUGCCUGUCAAGUUUGUGAAGAGACUCAGGGAUAAGAUAGCGAUGUAUAAGCAUCGUGGUCAUCUUGAAUGCCAAGUGUCGCGUGCCAGUGCAAAGGUGAAGUGGUACAAGAACAAGAUGGAGAUCAAACCCAGCAAGAAGUACGAGAUCAAAAGUGAAGACGUGUACCGAAAACUCACCAUCAAUGAUGUGGACUCCGGGGACGAAGAUACAUAUACCUGUGACGCCACUGAUGACAAGACAUCUUGUAAACUGCUUGUAGAAGAGCAAUCCAUCAGCAUUGUGCGGGAGCUUAGUUCAGUAGAAGUGACAGAACCCUUUGCAGCUGUUUUUGAGGUUGAAAUCAGUAUGGAACUGGUGAAACCUCCUAUCUGGACUCUGAAUGGAGCUCCUGUGCAGGAGAGUGCUGAUGCUGAAAUGGAGAAAGAGGGAACUAUGCACCGUCUCACUUUCAAAAAGACCAAAGCUUCGAUGACGGGUCCAGUGCAGUUUACAGCUGGGAAGAGCAAAUCUAUUGCCCAGCUCACAGUGAAAGAGCGUCCGCUUGAGAUUGCAGAACCCAUGAAAGAUGUAAAGGCGAAGGAGAAAAGCUCUGCCAUGCUCAGCUGCAAGUUCUCUGCAUCACCCAAAGAGGUGAAUUGGUUUAAAGGUCAGGUGCCUCUGACUGCGUCAGACAAGUAUAACAUGAAGCAAGAUGCUACAAGGGCUCAACUUACCAUUCAAAGGUUAACUGAAGAAGAUAGCGGAGAGUACCGCUGCCAGUCCGGACCUGCUGAGACCAAAGGGACACUUACUGUUGAAGUGCGUGAAAUUAAAAUCACCAAGCACUUGGCUGACACAGAGGUUGAUGAAGACAGCGAUGCAGUGUUCACAUGUGAGGUCAACUAUGCAGAUGAAGAGGCACAGUGGCUUCUGAAUGACAAAGUGCUCUUCACUAAUGAAGUCAACACCAUCUCUCACGAGGGCAAGGUUCACAAGAUCACAUUGAAGAACUUGGCACCUCAGGAUGGGGGGACUGUCACCUUUCAAGUACGCAAGGUGAAAGAGUCUGUUACACUUAAGGUUAAAGAGAAGCGUGCUGUGUUCCUCAAGUCUCUAGAUGACGUCACUGGAGAGGAGAAAGGCAUGAUAACUUUGGCGUGCGAGGCGUCUAAGCCCAGGGUUUCUCCCAUAUGGAGAAAAGAAGGUAAAGUUUUGAAGGCUGGAUCGAAGUAUGAGCUCCUUCACACAGGCAAGUCUUUGGGACUGAUCAUCAAGGACGUCACCAAAGAUGAUGCUGGGGAGUACAGUUGUGAUCUCGGAACUGAGGUUUCUAAAGCAAAGGUCACUGUAAGAGAAAUUGGCAUUGGAAUUACCAAAUGGCUGAAGUCAUCUGAGGUGAAUGAGGGAGAGACCUGCAGUUUUGAGUGCAUCCUGUCUCGUGAGAGCACAGAUGAGUGCACAUGGACUCUUAAUGGCCAAACCAUUUCAAAUGGAGGCCGUUUCAAAAUCACCAGUAAAGGGCGCAAGUACAUGCUAAGCAUUAAAGACGUCACCCCAGCUGAUGCUGGUGAAGUGGUCUUCAGCAUUAAAGACCUGAGUUCUAAAACAACAUUAACAGUUGAAGGCAGAGCUUCAUCUGUAUCCAGAGGACUACAGAAUGUUACUGCUGUUCAAGGGGAAGAUGCUGUGUUUGUCUGUGAGGUGACAAAGGCUAGUUCCACUGUAAAGUGGACCAAGGAAGGCAAAGCCAUCAAGAAGAGCCAGAAGUAUGACAUCAGCCAAGAGGAUAAGGUCAUGAAGCUCACCAUCCAUAAUGUUUCUGCUCAAGACUCCGGAGAGUACAGUUGUGAAGUUGUUGGAGGUGCAACCACCAAAGCCCAACUGGAAAUCAAGGAGCCAAUCCAUAAAUUUGUCGAAGCACUAAAGGAUAGCCAAGCAGAUGAGAGCAGCUCUGUGACCUUGAAGUGUGAGACUGCUCAGACCCCAUCCACAGUGAUAUGGCUGAAAGGUCACACAGAGCUCAAGGCUGGAGGUCGAUAUGAGAUGUCCCAGAAAGAGAGGGUCUUAAUUCUCACCAUCAAACACUUGGAGGAGAAGGACACUGAUAUCUACACUUGUGACGUGGGCACUGCAAAGAGCAUGGCAAAGGUGACAGUCAAAGCCCUGCCUGCCACUUUUGAAGAAAAGCUCAAGAACCAGGAUAAAAAAGAAGGAGAGACUGUGACACUUCGUUGCGAGUUAUCAAAACCUGCAACCGACGUUCAGUGGAAGAAAGGCUCUGAAAUUCUCAAAGCUGGAGAGAAGUAUGAGAUGAAGCAGAAGGACACCUCUUUGGAACUUCAUAUUAAGGGUUUGAAGGUUGAAGAUAGUGGGGAAUACUUUUGUGUGUGUCGGGACCAGAAGACAUCUGCAAUUGUGAAAGUCAAUGCAUUGCCGCCGACCUUCACACAGAAGCUGAAGAACCAGGAGGCUGAGGAGGGAGACAGCGUUACUCUGCAGUGUGAGCUCUCUAAACCUGGAGUCCCAGUAGAGUGGAAGAAGGGAACACAGGUCCUGAAGUCUGGAGAGAAGUACCAGAUGAAGCAGAAGGCCUUUGUGAAUGAACUCCUGAUCAACAAAGUGGUGCCAGAAGACAGUGGAGACUACAGCUGUGUGUGUGGAGACCAGAAGACCACAGCUAGCCUUAACAUCAAUGCCCAGCCAGUGACCUUCAAACAGAAGUUGUUGAGCCAGGAGGCUGAGGAGGGAUCCAGCGUUACUCUGCAGUGUGAGCUCUCUAAACCUGGAGUCCCUGUCGAGUGGAAGAAGGGAACACAGGUCCUGAAGUCUGGAGAGAAGUACCAGAUGAAGCAGAAGGCCUCUGUGAUUGAAUUCCUGAUCAACAAAGUGGUGCCAGAAGACAGUGGAGACUACAGCUGUGUGUGUGGAGACCAGAAGACCACAGCUAGCCUCAAGAUCAAUGCCCGACCAGUGACCUUCAGCCAGAAGUUAGAGAGUCAGGAAGCUGAGGAGGGAUCCAGCGUUACUCUGCAGUGUGAGCUCUCUAAACCUGGAGUCCCUGUCGAGUGGAAGAAGGGAAUACAGGUCUUGAAGUCUGGAGAGAAGUACCAGAUGAAGCAGAAGGCCUCUGUGAAUGAACUCUUGAUCAACAAAGUGGUGCCAGAAGACAGUGGAGACUACAGCUGUGUAUGUGGAGACCAGAACACCACAGCCAGCCUCAAGAUCAAGGCCCGACCAGUGAUCUUCAACAAGAAGUUGGAGAGUCAGGAAGCUGAGGAGGGAGUCGACGUUAUUCUGCAGUGUGAGCUCUCUAAACCUGGAGUCCCUGUCGAGUGGAAGAAGGGAACACAGGUCCUGAAGUCUGGAGAGAAGUACCAGAUGAAGCAGAAGGCCUCUGUAAAUGAACUCCUGAUCAACAAAGUGAUGCCAGAAGACAGUGGAGACUACAUCUGUGUGUGUGGAGACCAGAAGACAACAGCUAGCCUCAAGAUCAAUGCCCGACCAGUGACCUUCAGCCAGAAGUUAGAGAGUCAGGAAGCUGAGGAGGGAGCCAGCGUUACUCUGCAGUGUGAGCUCUCUAAACCUGGAGUCCCUGUUGAGUGGAAAAAAGGAACACAGGUCCUAAAGUCUGGAGAGAAGUACCAGAUGAAGCAGAAGGCCUCUGUGAUUGAACUCCUGAUCAAUAAAGUGGUUCCAGAAGAUAGUGGAGACUACAGCUGUGUGUGUGGAGACCAGAAGACCACAGCCAGCCUCAAGAUCAAUGCCCAACCAGUAACCUUCAAACUGAAGCUGAAGACUCAGGAGGCUGAGGAGGGAGCUAACAUCAUUCUGCACUGUGAGCUCUCUAAACCUGGAGUCCCUGUCGAGUGGAAGAAGGGAACACAGGUCCUGAAGUCUGGAGAAAAGUACCAGAUGAAGCAGAAGGCCUCUGUGAUUGAACUCCUGAUCAACAAAGUGGUGCCAGAAGACAGUGGAGACUACAGCUGUGUGUGUGGAGACCAGAAGACAACAGCCAGCCUCAAUGUAAAGGCCCAACCAGUGACCUUCAAACAGAAGUUGGUGAGCCAGGAGGCUGAGGAGGGAGCCAGCGUUACUCUGCAGUGUGAGCUCUCUAAACCUGGAGUCCCAGUGGAGUGGAAAAAGGGAACACAGGUCCUGAAGUCUGGAGAAAAGUACCAGAUGAAGCAGAAGGCCUCUGUGAAUGAACUCCUGAUCAACAAAGUGGUGCCAGAGGACAGUGGAGACUACAGCUGUGUGUGUGGAGACCAGAAGACAACAGCCAGCCUCAAGAUCAAUGCUGUGAAACUGUCAGCUCCUCCUUCAGCUGCUGUACUGGAAUCUAAAAGGCAGGAGACCAAGGAAGCAAUGGAAGCCAAGAUCCCUGAAGUUUCAUCCAUAGCUACUAAAGACAAGCACAAGAGGCAGGAGAUAAAUGAAACAGUAGAAGCUGUGACUCUGCCAACUACUGGACAGGCUCCUAAACAGCAGCUUCUCAAACAGGAGAUUCAGAGAGAUUCACGAGAGCUGAAAUUGGAAGGUGAAGCUGAGAAGACUGCUGCUGCUGGAAUAUCUGUCAAACAAGAUACCCAGAGGCAGAAGACCAAAGGGCCAGUAGAAGCCGCACCUGUGGUAUUCAAGAAGGAGCUGGAAAGUCAAGAGGCCAUCGAAGGAGGCAAAGCCACCCUGUCCUGCGAGACAUCCAGCCCUGAUUGCAAGGUGACUUGGCGGAAGGGCUCAACUGUGCUCACCCAUGGGGAGAAGUACACCAUGGAGCAGAGAGCUACUACUCAUACCCUGGUUAUACACAGGCUGAAUGUGGAGGAUAAUGGAGAAUAUACCAGCGAUACAGGGGACAGGAAAAGCACUGCUACCCUAACUGUGAAAGAGCAUGUGCGCAUCAUCCGAGAGCUCUGCGACAUAACUGUGACCACUGGGCAGGAUGCUGUCUUUGAGGUUGAGCUGUCACACUCAGGCGUGGCAAAUGGGGAAUGGUGGCUUGGAGACAACCUUCUCCAGAAUAAUGAUCUGAAUCAAAUGAGCAGCCAGGGAAGAGUGCACCGUUUGGUCCUGAAGAUGGUAACCACAGAUGAAUCAGGAGAUGUUGCCUUUGUAGUGGGAGAAGAGAAAAGUGUGGCCUGUCUGCUGGUGGAGGAGAAGCCCAAAGUGCUAAUAUUAGAGAAGCCGCACAACACUGUGGCAUUAGAGGAUGAAACGGUCACUUUGGCCUGCACCAUCUCUGACCCCAAGGCCAAUGUUACCUGGAUCAGAAACAACGUGAUCAUCCAAGCAGGUCUAAAAUAUGACCUGAAGAAGAAUGGAGCAUUCCAUCAGCUUCACAUCUACAACGUGGUGCCUGGGGACUCAGGAACGUACACCUGUGACACUGGAGAUGAACAGUGUGACGUCACAGUGACCGUGGAAGGUGCCCCCGUGUUCUUCCAGAAAGAGCUAAAGAACCAGGACGCCAUAGAGGGUGAUGAUAUUGCCCUCCGCUGUGAGCUGUCAAAGCCAGGUGUUCGUGUUGAGUGGAGGAAAGGAGGCAUGGUCCUCCAGCCCGGUAAGAAGUAUGAGAUGAGGCAGGAAGGGCGUUUUCAAGAGCUCUUUAUACGUAACCUGGAGCCUGAAGACAGUGGCUACUACACCUGUGACUCAGGAGACCAGCUCACUACAGCUUCUUUGGCAGUGCAAGUGAAAGAAGUCUUCAUUGUUACUGGUCUUAAGACGACCGACGUCUUUGUUGGGGAAUGGGCAACCUUCUCCUGCCAGCUGUCUGGUAGGGCACCUGCUAAGGUGCAGUGGUGGCUGGAUGGCACCUUGCUGGAGAACAGCCCCUUUAGUGAGAUAGGGCUGAGCCAGGCCCACAUCCACACUCUCACCUUAAAGAACCUGGCCACAGAUGAUUCUGGCACUGUCACUUUCAAAGCUGGCAGUUUAACAUCAACAGCCAAGCUCUUAGUCAAAGAUCCCACAGUUGAAGUGGUGAGCGAGAUGAAGGACCUCUCGGUGGUCGAAAACCAACCGGCUGAAUUCAUCUGCCAGUACUCAAGGCCAGUCAAGGCUCAGUGGAAGAAAGACGGGCAGCCAUUGCAGCCUGAUGGUCGAAGGGUGGUAGUGGAGCAGGACUGGAAUGUGGCUCGCUUGUACAUUAGCUGUGUGUCCGCUGAGGACAGGGGCACCUACUCCUGUGAAGCAGAGGGGACCUGUGUGGUCGCUUCACUUCAUGUGGAAGGCAAACCCAUUAACAUUGUCCAGGGCCUGGAGAAUAUGGAAACCUUUGAUGGAGGUGAAGCACUGUUUGAGUGUGCCCUAUCCCGUCCUGAGAACAAAGAUUGCUGCUGGCUUCUUGAUGGCAAACCAGUGAAGGAAUCUCCUAAUGCUGAGAUUGUGUCAUUUGAGAGUGGUCGUCGUCAUCUGCUCCUUCUGAAAGAGUUGCGUGUUAAAGACAGUUGCACAGUGACCUUCAAAGCUGGCACAGCAUCCACAUCUGCCCAACUCUCUGUCAAGGGUUGGCAGCUUGAUGUUGCGAAGGGUCUGGAAGACAGAGUGGCUGCAGUGGGAGAGAAGGUUGAGUUUUGUGUUGAGCUGACCGAGCCUGUCCCUGCAGCAGAAGUAGCUUGGUAUGCUAACGGAGUUGAGCUCAAGCCCAGCGAUCUCUGGGCUAUGAGGGCUGAUGGCCGUUCUUAUCGCCUUGUCCUUAGACAGGCACCACUUCUGCCCCAGCAGGAAAUUACAUUUGCCGCUAGAGAUGCUCUCUCUUUGGCCAAGCUCUCCAUCAUCACUGUACCCGAUCCUCCAGAGGACCCAGAGGUCCUCAGUAAGACUAAACAGUCCGUUACCCUCUCCUGGUUCACUCCACUACAUGAUGGAGGGAGUCCCAUUCUGGGCUACAGAGUGGAGAUGCGGCUGGUAGAUAGUGCCCUCUGGCUUCCGUGUCACUCCGAACCUGUGAGCAACACAGAGUUUGUGGUUGAAAAUCUCACCCCAGGGAGUGGCUACAGGUUUAGAGUGGCAGCCAUCAACAGAGCUGGGACUGGAGAACCUGUUGAGCUGCCUCAGACUGUGCAGCUUGAGGCACCCACACAGCCACUGAUUUCCCCAGGUUUGGAGGCAAAACAGGUAGAGAUGGAAGCACUGGGGCAGCCCAGUCUGCCUCCAGAAGCUGCUGAGGAAGGUGAUGUCCAUGAGCUGUGGGAGGCUUUGGCUAAGAAACGCCGCAUGAGCCGAGAGCCCACUUUGGACUCCAUCUCUGAACAACCUGAAGAGGACGGUAAAGGUGGUCAAAACAAAUCAGGACAGAAGGACCUGAAGUCCUCAGAGAAAGCAGAAAUAAAAGCAGGAGAGAAGGAGCAGGCCAUUGUGUCUAAGAAGCAGACAGAGUCCAACUUGUGCACCAGCUCUGAGGAUGAAUCUGUUUCUGGGGGUUCAACACUUGUGUCCUACCUCAAGAAGAGCAGCAAAUCUGCUGUCACAGCAUCCAGUGGUACAGAGACACUGACCACUGAGAGGUUCUUUGCACAUUUUCAGAUGUCAGAGCAGACUGAAGUGAAAACAACCACAAUUCAGCAGACAGAGAAAAACCAAGUGUCUACCGAGGAGACAAACAUAAUGGAGAUCAGUAAAGAGGAUGAGCCUGAGCUCAGAGAGGCUGCCAUUAAGAUUCAAGCUGCCUUCAAGGGCUACAAGGCCCGCAAGGACAUGCGUCCUGUCUUCAAAGAGGUCUUCAAAGACCAGACCAAAGAACCUAAUGGGACCAUACAUCUUGAAUGUGUGGCAGAAGGUAAACCUGAUAAGGUGCGAUGGCUUAAGGAUGGAGAACCACUGACAGAUGGCAAGCACCACCAUAUUGAUAUCUACAAUGAUGGUACUUGUUCACUGGUCAUCACUGCCAUCACCACAAAGGAUACUGGGGUUUACACAUGUGAGGUCACCAACAAGUUUGGAGUCACCUCUCACAGUGGUAAGGUGACAGUAGGAACGGUAAGAGAAUCAUCCGGAAGACGACCACUGACAGUGGGCUACAGUGCCGACAGUGAGCCUGAGAGCUCCUCAGGUAGUGAGAUGGAUGAGUCACUGAGGCAGGCAAGCAGACGUCUUCGGCGCCUGUUGCGCACACGUCUCCCACCCGAUGUUGAGGAAGAACCAUUUGUCAGUGCAGAUGAAGGAGACCUGCCAGAUCCUCACUCUUACCGUGAGGAUGACAGUUACAUCUACAUUCGCUUUGAUUCACGGGCAGAGGCUGAAGUCGCCUCCAAGAGGUUCCAGGAGAUGUUUACAGUCCAUGGGGUUCCUGUAGAGACCGCCAUCAUGGAGGCAGGGCCUCUCAAAGUGGAGCUGCGAAUUAGAAAGAUGGGCUACAUGCAAGAUGGCACACAGACUCCCACACAAGAGAGACAGCCUCCUGCAUUCAUGACUGGAGCCCUGGCUGCUCCAGUCUUCUUGACAGAGCUACAAAGUCAGGAUGUUCCAGAUGGUUACCCAGUCAGCUUUGACUGUGUUGUGAUUGGCAAGCCGCCUCCAACAAUUCGCUGGUAUAAGGAUGGCAAAUUGCUGGAGGAGAAUGACCAUUACAUGAUCAAUGAGGACCAGGAGGGCUGCCACCAACUGAUCAUUACCUCUGUGCUGCCCACUGACAUGGGUGUCUACCGCUGCACAGCUGAAAACAGCAGCGGCAUUGCAGCCACUAAGGCUGAACUCAGGGUUGACAUGUCUUGCAGCUCAGAUUAUGACACUGCUGCUGACGCCACUGAGACUUCUUCCUACGUGAGUGCCAAGGGCUACAUGUCCAGGGAAACUGAGACCUUUGAGUCUGUGGCUGAAGAUGACCAGCUACCUCAAGUUGUGGAAGAGCUUCAUGAUGUUCAUGUUAGUCCAGGUUCACCUAUUGCUAAAAUGCAACUCAAAGUAAAGGGCUUCCCCAAGCCCAGAAUAUACUGGUUCAAAGAUGGCCACCCGCUGCGGCCUUCAGAAAGGAUUUUGUUACUAGCUGAGAGAGAUGUUCACAGCGUGGAGAUUCUGGAGGUUAAGAAAGAAGAUAUGGGGGAGUACUCUGCUUAUAUCAGCAAUGCAGCUGGAUCUGCUUACUCCUCUGCCCGACUGAUAGUUCUGAGUCCAGGGGAGAUUAUGCCACAAGAUAAGAAAGACUCCAAGGAACCCCUGGUGCCACCACGCUUCCUUGAAAGGUUCAGCAACAGGAAGGUGAAACAAGGAGCAAGCAUCACUCUGUCUGUUAAAGUUGAAGGGUCUCCCACUCCUAUGGUCUCCUGGCUAAAGGAGGAAUCAUUGGAGGAUGUCCUGUGGAUCAAGCCUGAUACCAAGGGAUACAAAAUAGCAAGCUCUGGACGCCAGCACAGCCUCAUCUUGAUGGAUGUGGGCACAGAGUACAGUGGCGCCUACACCUGCAUAGCUACAAACAGAGCAGGACAGUCCAUUUGCACUGCCCACCUCGAGGUGGAUGACACACCACAACCAAAGAAAGAGACCAAAGCCUCAGAGGUUCUUGGAAUUACAGUUAGUCCUCCAGAAGGGGGGGCUGGCAGUGGAAAAGAGGGUAAAAUACCAUACCUAGGUGAAGUAGGUACAGAAGAAUUCCUUAUGAAACUCACCUCCCAGAUCACUGAAAUGGUAUCAGCAAAGAUCAGCCAGGACAGCUUACAGAAUCAUGAAGUGCUCCAGUGGAUGAAAUCUUGGCCCAAAACUACCACUUCAUUACGCGUACCUGGUGUUGACAGCGAUGAUGAGACCAAGACUCCUUCUCCAUCACCUCAUCACGGUCGCUCUCAUCCUCCCUCCCUCAUUGCUGACUCCUCCUCUGAGUCUGAUGAGGGGGAAGCCAGGGGGGAGAUGUUUGACAUCUAUGUGGCAACGGCUGACUACAAUCCCACCAUGGCAAGCAAAGAAUCUAUCUCUCUGAAAGAGGGACAGUAUGUUGAGGUUUUGGACUCAGCCCAUCCGCUCAAAUGGUUAGUCCGGACCAAACCGACCAAAACUACGCCAUCCCGCCAAGGCUGGGUCUCACCUGCCUACUUGGACAAGAAACUCAAACUCUCAGCUGAUACGGGUGAUCUUCCAGAGACGAGUGUAGAGGAAGUGUCUGAGGGUGAAUACAAGAGGAAAUUAUUCCAACUACUCCAGGACCUGAUAAAUGGUGAAUCAGAGUAUGUGAAGGAGAUAGACUUCUUUACCUCCCAUCACCUGCAGCAUGCAGACAGCCCUGAUGCACCGCCUGAUGUCAGCAGCCAAAAGGAAACUAUAUUCAGGAACAUUGACGAUAUCAAGUCCUUCCACGGCAAGGCAUUCCUUCCAAAGUUGAAUGACUGCGACACAGAUGAUGAUGUAGCCAUGUGCUUCCUAAAGAACAAGGAGGGCUUUGAGAAGUACCUCCAGUAUCUUGUUGGUCAGGGUCAGGCAGAAUCUGCUGUCAGUGACAAGACUGUGCACCGCUUCUUCAAGGAGUACACUGACAAGGAGCAGGCUAGUGCAGACCCUACAGGUCCCCCUGUGCGCAGCAUCAACGCCUACCUCCAACACCCACUGGAGAGGAUCCAGAAGUACAAGACUUUCCUCAAGGAGCUUAUUCGAAACAAGGCAAGAAACGGUCAGAACUGCUGCCUCCUGGAAGAAGCUUAUGCUAUGGUGUCUGCACUCCCACAACGCUCAGAGAAUACCCACCAUGUCUCCAUGAUCGAGAACUAUCCUGCCACACUGGAAGUGCUCGGAGAGCCAAUUAGACAGGGACCCUUCCAAGUGUGGGAGGGAGCUCCUGGAAUUAGGACGUCCACUAGAGGUCACCACCGCCAUGUCUUCCUCUUUAAGAACUACUGUAUAAUCUGCAAACCUAAGAGAGACAGCAACACUGAUACACAAGCGUAUGUCUUUAAGAACAUGAUGAAGCUGAAUAACAUUGAUGUGAACGAGACAGUGGAGGGUGAUGACCGUGCCUUCGAAAUCUGGCAUGAACGUGAGGACUCUGUGAGGAAAUACACCUUGCAAGCUCGAACUGUCACCAUCAAGAACUCAUGGCUGAGAGAUUUCAGAGAACUGCAGCAGCGAUACAGCCUGCCUGCAUGGAGUCCCCCUGACUUUGAUGAAAUUCUGGCAAACUGCACAGCAGAGCUGGGACAGACUGUUAAGUUGGCCUGCAAAGUCACUGGAGUACCCAAACCUGUGGUCACUUGGUACAAGGAUGGACGUCCAGUGGAGGCAGAUCCUCAUCACAUCAUCAUUGAGGACCCUGAUGGUUCCUGCACACUGAUCCUGGACAACAUGACAGCAGAUGAUUCUGGCCAGUACAUGUGCUUUGCCACAAGCUCAGCCGGCAAUGCCAGCACUCUUGGAAAGAUCACAGUUCAGGUUCCUCCUCGUUUUGUGAAUAAAAUGAGGAAUGCUAUCUUUGUUGCUGGUGAGGACGCGCAAUUCACUUGUGUCAUACAGAGUGCCCCCAUCCCCAAGAUCAGGUGGUUCAAAGAUGGCAGGCUGCUGACUGACCAAGAAAAAUAUCAGACCUACAGUGAACUCCGUAGUGGGCUUCUGGUCUUGAUAGUAAAAAACCUGACAGAGAGAGACUUGGGACACUACGAGUGUGAGCUGUCCAACCGUCUGGGCAGUGCCAAGUGUGCAGCUGAUUUAGUCCUGCCCUCUGCUGUGUCUCGCACUGGUGAGCAGGCCAUCACUAUUGAAGUUACUGAGCAGGAGACUAAAAUACCAAAGAAAACCAUCAUUAUUGAGGAGACUAUAACUACUGUGGUGAAGAACCCACGCAUGAGGAGGCACAGAUCCCCUGGCCUGACUCUUGCUGGAGCCCACCGCUCUGAAACCUCCACCCCAGAGCCCCCUACAGCCAGGCCGAGAAGGAUGCCCACUCCAAGAAAGACCACAAUCCCCACCCUCUACGUGACUGAGCCCGAGGGUGCUGAGGCAAAGGCCAUGGAGAGCAAGCCCAGGUGGGUUGAGGUAGAGGAGGUCAUCGAGUACAAGGUCAAUAAAUCUCCGAGGCUGCCCAGGAGGAGAGGCAUCUCACCUGCAGGGUCUGAUCGUGCAGCGACUCCCUCCAGACCCAAAAGGUCUCCACCGGAAAACCCCAACGCUAACAAUUCCAACAACAAGCUGGUGGAGCAGGUUCAGGCAGAGCUGCCGGGAGACGUCAGCAGCCAGCCGCUCUCCUGGGAAGAACAGGGUAAUGCUGCCUCUGCUUUUACCUCUGAAGAGCCACAUGAGCUUUCAACUGUCCUCACUCCAGCUAGAGAGGACAGUGAAGACCUGGACGAUCAACAGACUGUCAUCUUUGAACCUGAUGAUGAAGAUAAUGAUCACAGUCUGUUAAGAAAGCAGGAACCUAAGAUCCUGAAGCAAGGAGACCAUGUUUUGACCCUUGAGGACUUGGAGGAUUACGUUCCAGAAGAAGGAGAGACCUAUGGAUCCUCCAGCGUUACUGUUGAAAAGCCUUGUGAGAUUUCUGUGCUGCAGAGGGAGAUUGGCGGGUCCAUGGUGGGACAACCAGUGCUCCUGAAUGUGGGACGGCCUGUUGUGGCGCCGAGGCAGAGGAGCAGCUUCUUAAGUCGCUUCAAGGAGCAUCUGUCCAGUAACCUUUUCUCGUCCAGUGUCCCUCAUGCUAGCGGAGCGCGGCCCAGGACGGAGAGACACAUCCCCAUCCAAGUGAGUCACGCAAAGCUUGAAGUGAAGCCUUCUUACUGCUCAGAGGUGCAGAGAGUUGAGGGCAGGCAGCAAAGCUUUAAAACCAAAGUGUCAACUCAGACCUACGGCUACACAUCAGUGGGAAACCCAGUCACUCUUCAAAUUAGAGAUAACCUUUACCAGAACCAGUAGAAGCAAACAUUUUUAAUUUGGUACCACAAACCCUCUUAGUCUUAAAUGGGGGCAUUUCUACUUACAUGAUGAAAAAGAACAUAUCGAAACCUCAAGUACAUUUACUGCAUUUGACAGACCAUUCCAUUUUGAAGCCUCCCAUCAGAACAUAGGCUCAUCUGCUGAGUCUUUUUGUUUUCGUCUAAAUGGUUAGAGUCGCCUCGUCUAUUUAGAACAGGCAAGUUGGAAAAUGAAGGUAUGUCAUUGUAAGCAGGUUUCAGUCCCCUUGCCGUUCCGUUACAACUGCUAUAUGUCAUGUAUACGCGUUGUACUGUGCACAUGAUGGACAGAAGCCAAGAAAGUAAGGUUUAACAUUUUACUGAUGAACAGUUUGUCUGUUGCUGAACUGGAUUUUAUAUUUUUUAAAAAAGCACAUUGCAUUCACCAAAUCAUGAACCUUGACCCUCUAAUAUUAAUUGACCCAGGUAUUAUCUUUACUGAUGACUCUUUAGUGAGUCAUCAGUAAACAAAUAUUUAUGCAGUAGAUAUUUAUUUUUUGGGGGUUUUACUUUUGUACUAUUCAAGAAAUGUUUGCCUUUUGCACUUUUCCAGUGCCUUGGAUUUCUGGAUCAGCAACUGUUGGCGUUAAUGGGGUCAUAGGUGCAUGUCUCUAUUUCAGUAUUUCUCUACGUUAAUUUAAAUAUGCAGCACUGAUUAUCUAAAAGUAG